CUUGCCACCGCACACAAGUAGUACAAUCAACAUGCCCCACUCGAACACGUCCACCACCAGUCGCACGGAAUACCGCCAUGCGUAUUACGCCAAGCACAAGGACAGGGCGCUUGCCCAAGUUAAAGCUUACUAUGAGACCCAUAAAGACCAAAUUGCGCGGAAACAGAAGGAAUACAACCAGGCGAACCGGGCGAGAAAGGCAGCGACCAACCGUGCGUACAAGGAGCGGAACAAGGAGCGCAUUCUGCUGCAGCGGAGAGGGUACUAUAUCCAGCGUCGGGACAUGAUCGUCGCCCAGGCAAAGGACUACUAUCAACGGAACAAAGGUCGCAUUCAGUCGCAUUAUAAGACAAAGCAACAGCGUCGCAUGCCGUCAGCCACGGCCGCCAACUUGGAUGAUAAACGACCUCUGGCGACCACCAAGAUGGAUCUGUCGUUUCUACUGAACCCGUCAAUCGAGUUUUGAUGGAAGCCUAGGGUGUAGUACUAUUUAAAAGUGAGUGAUGGUUGUUGUGUGUCCACACACAUUUUGUCCAACCAGUUAAGAAGAAAUACAAGUUCAAGCUGUAGUAAAUGUACAUGGAUUUGUGUGUGGUGA